CUGUCAAUGGCAAUAAGUGUCAAUACGUUGCUAAAAACUUUUGAGGUUAGGAAAUACUUUUUCUCGGAUUAGUUUGUUUCUAAUUCGUUUUUUCUAUGAAAGUGUACUUCAAAUAAUACUUACGCUAAACAAAAAUGAAGAUCUAUACUAACGAGAAUAAUACUUCUACGCUAAAGUUGCUAAUUGCAGCUAACUUGGCUGGUAAAAAAGUUGAACUGAAAAAUGCAAAUUUCGGAGAGCCCCUGUUUGCAGGCCCGCGCUCGCUGCCACUGCUUGAGGUGGACGAGGAGCUCUUGUUCUUCUCCAGCAAUGCGGCCGCGCAGUACUUGAUGCCCGUGGUGGACCUUUCGCAGAAUGGACAGUGCCAACAAAUGCAAGAGUGGGAAGCCACGCGGCUCCUCCCAGCCACGCUGUCAGCAGUCACCGGCAAGCCAGCGCCGGAGCUGCGUCAGCUGCUGACAUCUCUGCUGACGGAUAUAGACGCGGUGCUGGCCAAGAAGAAGUAUAUACUUGGGGACAAACUGUCAGCAGCUGACAUAUCGAUCUGGAGCACCCUGUACCCGCUGUACUACAGCGCGACACACAAGACCACGUACCUGGAAGCGACCAAAAAUAUUCAAAAAUGGUUCGAAGACAUCGCUGCGGCUAAGGCUGUUCAAGAAGCAGUAAAGCAAUGGGGCGGCUCUGCACAGGGCCCCUUCGGCGCGCCCUCCGCGCUCGGGCUGCCACAAGUGCCGAGUCUGGUGGCGACUGCGACAUCACCAGAAGAGCCAGUGGAGGUGGGUCUCACGCCCGAGGAGAUCGAACUGGCUGAAGAGAACUGGAAGCACGGGCUCGAGCGACUGCAGCCGAAACUAGAGCAGGGGAAGGUUAUCCUACCCAUAAAAGGCCGCAAGAACAUUCUGAUCACCUCCGCUCUGCCCUACGUGAACAACGUGCCACAUCUGGGCAACAUCAUCGGAUGUGUGCUGUCGGCGGAUAUAUUUGCACGAUAUUGUCGGCUCUGUGACUACAACACACUGUACAUAUCUGGAACAGACGAAUAUGGCACAGCUACUGAAACUAAGGCGUUAGAAGAAGGCGUGACCCCCCGAGAGAUCUGCGACAAAUACUUCGCGAUCCACAACAGCGUGUACCGCUGGUUCAACAUCGGGUUCGACCACUUCGGCCGCACCAGCACCGCGGAACAGACCGAAAUCACCCAGAAGAUGUUCCUGAAGCUCCAGGACAACGGCUUCAUCAGCAAGAAGUCGGUCGACCAGCUGUACUGCCAGCAGUGCAGCCGCUUCCUCGCUGACAGGUUCGUGGAGGGAGUGUGCCACCACCCCGGCUGUCUGUACCCCGACGCUAGAGGGGACCAGUGCGACAAGUGCGGGAAACUGAUCAAUGCCACCGAACUGGUCAACCCACGGUGUAAGGUGUGCGGAGACUCACCGAUAAUCAGAGCCAGCGAACAGCUGUUUAUUGAGUUAAAUCAGUUAGAGCCCUCAAUCCGCGCGUGGUCCGACAAAGCGUCAGCGGGCUGGGCGGGCGGCGCGCGCGCCGUGCUGCGAGCCUGGCUCAAGGAGACUCUGAGACCUCGCGCUGUUACUAGAGACUUGAAGUGGGGCGUGCCCGUGCCUAACUACCCGGAUAAGGUAUUCUACGUGUGGUUCGACGCGCCGCUGGGCUACAUGAGCAUCACUCAGAGUGCUACUAAGGACUACGAGAAGUGGUGGAGACCAGACAAGGAGUGUGACGUAAAACUCUACCAAUUCAUGGCGAAGGACAACGUUCCGUUCCACGCGCUGAUGUUCCCGGCGGCGCUGCUCGGAGUCAACGAGGGACACCUCCUCGUGCAUCAUAUCUACUCCACCGAAUACUUGAACUACGAAGAAGGAAAGUUCUCGAAAUCAAGAGGCGUCGGCGUUUUUGGAACAGACGCUCAGGACACGGGUAUACCAGCGGACGUGUGGCGCUUCUACCUGGCGAGCAUCCGCCCCGAGUCUUCCGACUCCAGCUUCAGCUGGGCCGAGUUGGGCACUAAAAACAACUCGGAGCUACUGAACAAUCUGGGCAACUUCUGCCACCGCUCGCUCAGCUUCUGCUACAACUCGUUCAAGGGUGCCGUCCCGGAUGUGAACCCGGGACCCGAGGAGUAUGAGCUGAUGGCACUGGUUAAUAGGGAGCUUAUUGCCUACGUAACAGAGAUGUCUCAAGGCCGCCUCCGCUUCGCUCUCCGCCGGGUCUUAUCCAUAUCCCGGCUCGGCAAUCAGCGCAUGCAGUCUGCACAGCCGUGGAUACUGCUGAAGGGAACCGAUGAGGACAAAAUCCGCGGCGCAACAACGAUAGGCCUGUGCUGCCAGAUCGCCGCGUUACUCUGUGCAGUCCUAUCUCCGUACAUGCCGGUCACCACGCGCCAGCUGGCUCAACAACUCAAUGUGGACAUGGGGACGCUGAGGAUUAACCCUGACAACCCAUCUCUCCUCCAAUACCUGCCCCGAGGCCACGUCAUCAACCAGCCCUCGCCUCUGUUCAGCAAGCUAGAGCCGGAUGCACUGGAGGCAUUGAGGACCAAGUAUGCGGGGACACAGAGCGAGAGAGAGGGGAAGAAAAACGAUGCAGCUUCAGUGGCAGCUUUAGAAGAAGCGAUAGCAAAACAGGGUGAAAAAGUCCGUCAGCUGAAGGCGAGUACUAAGGAUAAGUCUGUGUGGCAACCCGAGGUGAACGUUCUGCUAGAUUUGAAGAAACAACUUACGGCUGCGCAGGCGCAGGCAAAAUCGGCUCCGAAACCUAGUGCGAUCGCGGGCAACGUGUCAGUGGCGCAGCUAGAAGAUGCCAUAGCAAAACAGGGUGAGAAAGUUCGUCAGCUGAAGGCGAGUACAAAAGACAAGGCGGUGUGGACGCCUGAAGUGAACAUUCUACUUGAUUUGAAGAAACAACUGACUGCUGCUCAGGCGCAGGCGAAAACCCAGACCGCACCGGCCCCCGUACAAGGCCCCUCAGUAGCUCAGUUAGAAGAGGCGGUAGCGAAACAGGGUGACAAAGUACGUCAGCUGAAAGCGAGUACCAAAGACAAGUCUGUGUGGCAACCGGAAGUGAACGUACUGUUGGACCUGAAGAAACAACUGGCCGCGUUACAAGUUAAAUAAAAUUAUUCCAAUGUGAAAUGAGA